AAAGACCGUCAAAAAGACGAAACUCAAAUUAAGAACAGCCAAUGUUUUUGUUUUUACGUCUGCACUUAAAAUUGUAUUCAUAAAUUUACCGACUUGUGUAUUGCAAUAGUAGGCUAUAACUAUUUGAUUUGCAACAUCGCUACAGAAUAUAGGCUAGCUGUUAUAGGGGAAAAUUUUAUUUUUCAUUCGAUUACUCAAUAAAGCAGUUUUGAGCAAAUUCCAGUUUCCAGCCUUCAAGACCGAAGAAGACAACAUGGCUGUAACAUCAAUGUCUAUGACGGCCAAGACAGCUCAAAUUGUAGAAGAAGAAACUGAUGAAUUUGGACCACAGCUUAUUAACAAACUUGAAGGGCAAGGCAUCAGUACUGCCGAUGUCAAAAAACUUGAGGAGGCUGGAUACCACACAGUGGAGGCAGUUGCUUUUGCUCCCAAAAAACAUCUUAUUAGUAUAAAAGGAAUUAGCGAAGCAAAAGCUGACAAGAUCCUGGCUGAAGCUGCAAAGCUGGUGCCAAUGGGGUUUACAACAGCAACUGAGUUUCAUCAGAAACGCUCAGAAAUCAUUCAAUUAACAACUGGCUCCAAGGAACUGGACCGUCUCCUAGGAGGCGGUAUUGAAACUGGGUCCAUAACCGAGAUUUUUGGAGAGUUUAGAACUGGCAAAACACAGAUUUGUCAUACACUUGCAGUCACAUGUCAGUUGCCUAUUGACCAAGGUGGUGGAGAAGGCAAGUGCCUGUACAUCGACACUGAGGGAACGUUUCGUCCAGAGAGAUUGUUGGCUGUUGCUGAAAGGUACAAACUUGUCGGCAGUGAUGUAUUGGACAACGUAGCUUACGCACGAGCUUACAACACAGACCAUCAGACACAACUUCUGAUCAUGGCCUCUGCUAUGAUGGUUGAAUCAAGAUAUGCCUUGUUGAUAGUGGAUAGUGCCAUGUCACUUUAUCGCACAGACUACUCAGGCCGAGGAGAGCUCUCUGCUAGACAGAUGCAUCUAGCUAGGUUCCUGCGAAUGUUGCUUAGACUUGCUGACGAGUUUGGAGUUGCCGUAGUCAUCACCAACCAAGUGGUGGCCCAGGUAGAUGGAGCUGCGCUGUUCUGUGCUGAUCCUAAGAAGCCUGUUGGAGGCAACAUCAUGGCUCAUGCAUCAACCACCAGAUUGUACCUGAGGAAAGGCAGAGGAGAAACAAGAAUAUGCAAAAUUUAUGAUUCACCUUGUCUUCCAGAGUCUGAAGCUAUGUUUGCUAUCAAUGCAGAUGGAAUAGGAGAUGCUAAAGAGUAACUUAAUUAAAUCUGCUGAUUGUGGCAGUUCAGAUGUGCAUUAUCUGUUGUAUAAAACAAAUGGCUUGACCAUGCUUAGUGCCUCAAGAUUAGCAUGAGCAAAAAUAUUGAAUACAGUAUUAUUUUCAGUUAUUAUUGAAAUAAAACACGGAUCAAGUGACAGAAUCAAACAUUAACUUUUUUUCAAUAGGCCUAAUAAUAUUUCUAAGUUAUAUUCUCUCCAUUAUAAGUUGACACACACUGAUGUUUGGUGUAUACUACAGUACUACCUAAUACGUUUUUUGUUAUAUGAAAUAUUGUAAAAGCAUCUGAAUUACUUAACAUGUGUUCAUAAUGUUGAUCGAUAAGUUAUUUGUAGAAUUUUUAUUUGUAAAUAUGUUAAUUAUUAUGUAAAAAAUAUAUUUUUAAAUGUGUUUUAUCUGA